AUGGGAUCGCCGCUCUCACCAAUUUUAGUCAAUGUAUACAUGAACAAAAUGGAAGAGAGCUUCAAGAUGACACCGCUACAACCGGCAGUGCUAAUGCGGUACUUGGAUGAUUACUUCGCACUUUGGUCACAUGUAAGAGAAAAACUGGAAGAGUUUCUGAAGUUUACAAAUAAAAUUGAUGAAAAAAUUCAAUUCAAGAUGGAAGUAGAGGAAGGUAAGCGGUCACCGUUCCUGGACGUUGAAGUGAUUCGUUCUAAUGGGACGCUCAAAAAGAAAUUGUUCAGAAAGAAGUCCAAUGCUGGGAUAAUACUCAAUUUUAUGGUCCCAUCACAAUUACACGCUUAA